AGGCAAAGUACUUCGGUUCGCCCGCAGAGAAUAAAUUAUAAGUACAUACAAGAAUGAGAUGCACUGAACCCUGGUACGCCAGAUAUAUGCUAUGGAGCUACGGAGUUAGCUGAACCACGUACGGAGCUGGCUUGCCGCCAACGGCGGAGGUUUCACAUGCUCCGAUCCAACCAUACUUGCCAGUCACCGAAUCGUGAGGAGCUGACGGCCAGGCUUCACGCGUGCAACCUCUCCUCGGGCAUCGAUGCUCAUCAUAACAAUCCGGCUCUUCCCUGUCUACUGAUCACCACCAAUAACACCGCCACCAACGCCGCACUUGCCACUGCCGCCGCCGUUGCCGUCGCUGGAGCAUCCGCAGAAGCUUUGAAUCUUAUAGUCGUACCCGUUGUUCCUGUUGUGCGUCCAGUUUUUGGGAUCCUUGUACGCGUUGACCUGCUCCUCGAUCCAUCCUCACAUGUCAUUCCUCAAAGAAUUGCUUUCUUCAUACGUAUUGUGACCCUGAUCUCGAGCGCACGCGUUGACAUCAUUGCCGCCUCGAUGGAUAUUGAUGGCCCUUGUGCUUGGGUUCUCCUUGUUGCCGCUCUUGGCCCUGGGCCUGGCUCUGACUCUGGCCCUGCAUUUGACUCUAGCUCCUCCCUUGCCUCGGUUGUUUUAUUGUGAGCUUCCCUGAUCUCGGCCAUUUUGCUCACCGUCGUCUCCGUGCCACGGACCGUCAUCACAUCGGAGGUUCACGAUGCAGACUUGCCCCUUCUGGUGAACGACGUUCCCACUAUUGGCAAUGCCGCUUUUGUCAUUGUCAGCGGUAUCCCCCUUUCGUACUUCGGGAGGACUCGGGAUCACUACCCUGCUUGGCAGGUCCCCUGGAAGAGGAAGGUGAUUGAACGGAUACGCCGUUGAAGACGGCCGGAGACUGUGAUGGAGAGGCGGUUAAAGAAAAUGGCGAACCAGACUGGACCAAAGGCGGAGAUCCU